UCAGGAACGAAUGGAACAAAUAAAGAUGAUUUUUUACUUUGUACACUACCACGGUGAUAAGCAGACGCAUUUCUUAUUUAUCAAAUGAAGGAUACUACAUUUGGCGACGAGGAGCAGACGCACCCACGAAAGGAGAUACUAACAAAAAAAAUGCUACGAACACGGUUGACAGAUGGACCACCACCGUUUGAUUUCAAGGCAGAUGGAAAUUGCGGUGGUGAAUGUAGAAAAUGGUUGCGUAGUUUUGAAAUUUUUGCCCAAGAAAACUCAAUGGAAAACGGCACAAAGAAAUUGAAUUGGAUGUUGCAUUAUGGUGGCGAGAAGGUGCAAACAGUUUAUUAUUCGCUGCCAGAAGUUAAAACUACAAACGAACGCAGAGGGCCAUUGGCUUCUGGUUAUGUCUUUGAACAGAAAGACGAGUACGAACAAGCGGUUGUAAGACUCUGUGCAUUUUUUGAGCCAAAACAAAGUAUUUCGUACGAAAGACACAUUUUCCGACAAAGGGUGAAAGAAUCGAUAUGUUCACAAUGCGCUUGCGGGAACAAGCUGAGCGCUGCGAUUUUCGUGAACAGCUUGAUGAAAACAUUCGUGAUCAGAUCACCAGUGGGAACUAAUGUUCAGUGCAUAGCUACAACAACAACAAACAUUACAUCACCAACAUCACAGGCAAACGCGGCACCAGAAGAAGACCCUUUGGACAUACAGACAUCGGCUAGAAUCGCAAGAAAGAGAAACGUUCCACCGCAUCUCCAGGGCUACGAUUUAUCAAUGGAAAAAUAA